UUGCACGCAGACAGACUGACGGACGGACGGACGGACACUUGUCGAAAGAAGCAGAAAAGAGGACCAAAGAAAAGAUCCCGUCCGGUCGGUCGCCUUCGCAACACCUCCCAAUUGCGGACUCGGAGUGAUGAUCGACCCCGAGUCCCACCAUCAGAACCAUCAGAACCAGCAUCAGGCAUCCACACUCCGAGGCGCCCAGCAGGCCUCGGACAUGGCCGCGUACUGCGACUCCCUGAGCGGCGUCUAUCACCACCAGCACCAGCACCAGCAGCACCAGCAGCACCAGCAGCACCAGCAGCACCAGCAGCAGGCGCCUCAGAGCCUCCAGAACCCCGCUCACCGAACCGCCGGCUUCGGCCUGCACGGCGAGUACCCUUCCCCGCCCAGCCCCUACCUGUGGGGCGUCAACCCGCCGCCCCCACCGGUGGCGGCGGCGCCUUACCUGCACGCCGCCGGCCCAUCGGCGCCCUUCGGCCCGCCCUCCUACGGCUCCCCGCGGCCGUUCCUGGCCGCCGGCCCGUCGGCCUUCGGCGGCCCGGAGCUGGGCUGGCUGUCGGUGGCCAGCCAGGAGGAGCUGCUGAAGCUGGUCCGGCCGCCCUACUCGUACUCGGCGCUGAUCGCCAUGGCCAUCCAGAACGCGCAGGACAAGAAGCUGACGCUGAGUCAGAUCUACGCCUACGUGGCCGACAACUUCCCUUUCUACAAGAAGAGCAAGGCCGGCUGGCAGAACUCCAUCCGCCACAACCUGUCGCUCAACGACUGCUUCAAGAAGGUGCCGCGCGACGAGGACGAUCCCGGCAAAGGCAACUACUGGACGUUGGACCCCAACUGCGAGAAGAUGUUUGACAACGGAAACUUCCGGAGGAAAAGGAAGCGAAGGUCGGAGCCGGCGCCGGCGGCGGCGGGGGCCACCAAGACGGAGGACGGCGCCCGGGCCCCGACCCCCAAGCCCGCCGACCCCCACCGGCGGUCGCCCUCGGACUCGGACGCCCCGGGCGACAGCCUCAAGACGCCGUCGCCGUCGUGCUUCGGCAGCUUUUACAGCAGCAUGUCCUCCCUGGGGGGCCCGGCGGCGGCGAGGCAGGGGGGGCCCCUGGGCCUGCUGGACGAGCUGUCCAGCAGGAACAUCGGCGCCCUCCAGGGCCCCUACCACGUCGGGGGGCCGCAGGACUCGGUGGGCUCGGAGCACGGCGGCGAGGGUCUGCACUUCAACCGCGGCGUGUACUACAACGCCUUGGGAGGGGGGCAGGGCGGACAGUUCAACAGCCACCUGUACAACGGCUUCAGCGUCAACAGCCUCAUUUAUCCCCGAGACGGGGCCGACCUAUAGGGGGCGCCCCCCCCCCCCUUUCCUCCGUGCGCUCGCCAUCCGAAAUUUUGCGGUUUUUGCUCGCGUGUGAAACCAAACCAGGUCAUCGACAUGUUUCUGAUCACGUUUAAGGAUCUUUAUUUUAUUUAGUUUUUUUUUUUUAACACGUCAAUCUUUAACAAGCGCUGACCAGAAGAAAUUUGAAAUUUCAAAAUUCAGCGAAACAAUCUUCAUAAAUGUUGAGAUUUGGCGAAAAGAAAAAAAAAAAAUCCAGUUCAAUUCGGCCAAGUUUGGUCGAGUCUGUCGAGCUUUACGUGGGUAAAGUUCAGAUGAAAUCAACAACAAAAUAUUUGCCGAGUUUUGCUUGGAUGAAGUUCACGUACCGUACGUUGAGCUUUUGGCUGCGUAGAUGUCAGAGAUGUCGAGCUGUCGGCUACAUAAAAUUUCGGAAGCCAUAUUGAAUUUUGGCUAGGUCAAGUUCGGACGUGUCGAGCUUGAUUUGUCUCGACGAAGUUUGGCCGGAUCGAGGUUCAUCUCCAUCGCGAUGUCGGCCAAAUAGAUAAAUGAAAUAUGCCCAGCUUUUGGUUUGGCCACGUUGUCCGGCGAAAUUUUCCGCGCGCCGGAUUCCGACUGGCUAAAUUUCUGAUGCGCGUCAAACCCCACCGAGUCGCACCUCAAAUUCGAGGCAACGAUGAAGGCCUUCCAGAUCUGCAAUCGUGUGGACAAAAUUUCCACAUGCAAAGACGCAAUACGCAAAUAUCGGCGCUCACCCUGUGGGGGGGGGGGGGGGAGCACAUUUUCUUUCUUUUUUUUUCCAUAUUUUUCGCUCUGCGGCGGCCGGACGAGUUCAAACCUGCCAAAGUUGCCUUUUAUUUUUUUGGGAGCGGGCGGGGGCGGGCGGCCUCGCGUCACCUCACGGAGACGAGACGUCUCCUCUCGGCUUUGCAUGCAGUAAAGAUCAGGCGUCGUUUUUUUUUUUAUACAAAAUUCUCUUUUUUUUUUUUUUUUUUUUUUUUUACGGCAAGUACAAGACUGAAACGACAGCAGUACGCCUCAGCCGAACAAACAAAAGUAUAUUUUUGUAAAUUAUAGUCUGGAAAUAUUUAUGCUAUUUAUGCAGAUAGGCAUUGUUUUUGUACUCGAGUUUGAUGAAAGCAGAUGUGGAAAUGAUGUCAUUUUCCUCUAUGUAUCGACGACUGUUUUACGACAUUUUUCUCAGGAUUCGACGAGACAAUCCUUCCACAUUUCUAUCGUUGUAUUUUUCAGUCGCGCACACGGGCAGUCCGAACUGUGAUUAUUAAUAAAUGUGUCAUAACGUGUACUUAAUGGUCAUAACGUUUUGUUUGUG